GGCGGCGGCGGCGGCGAUCUCGCCGCUCUCUGCUGAGUGUGCCUGCGCGAGUCGGCGAGCGGCGCGCGGGCGGCCCGAGCCUCAGCGGCGGCGGCGACGACGGCGGCGGCGGCGGCGCUGACACCUCCCACCAUGGACAGCUUCGACUUAGCCCUGCUCCAGGAAUGGGACCUCGAGUCGCUGUGGGGUGAAGACAUCUUAAACCAGAGGAGUGACUCUCUAGUUGUGGAAUUUCAGUCGUCAGCCAGCAGAUGCAGGAGGUAUUCUAUUGGUGUCUAUGAACCAGAUAGAAACGUGUUACGGAGGAAAGAACGAGAAAGAAGAAAUCAGGAAACUCAGCAGGAUGAUGGCGCGUUUAAUUCAAGUUACUCCCUCUUUAGUGAACCCUACAAGACGAACAAGGGGGAUGAGCUCUCCAACCGGCUCCAGAACACUUUAGGCAAUUACGAUGAAAUGAAAGACUUUUUAACGGAUAGAUCGAAUCAGAGUCAUCUCGUUGGCGUUCCCAAACCUGGGGUUCCUCAGGCUCCCGUGAACAAGAUUGACGAGCAUUUUGUUGCAGAUUCGAGAGCCCAGACCCAGCCUGCAUCCGUCUGCAGCACCACAUCCUCCGCCCCAGCAGUGGUCCCUGGGCAGCAGAGUAAGAGGGGCACCGUGGGCUGGCAGAAGGCCGGGCACCCACCGUCCGAUGGCCAACAGAGAGCAACACAACAGGGCUCUCUCAGGACCUUGCUCGGAGAUGGUGUUGGCAGACAGCAGCCGCGGACCAAACAGGUGUGCAACGUCGAGGUGGGUCUUCAGACCCAGGACAGGCCACCUGCUAUGGGAGCCAAGCACAGCGGCAGUGGCCACUGUGUUCAGAACUUUCCUCCAUCCCUGGCUUCAAAGCCUAGCCUCGUCCAGCAGAAGCCGACUGCCUACGUGCGGCCGAUGGAUGGCCAGGACCAGGCUCCCAACGAGUCUCCGAAGCUGAAGUCGUCCACGGAGACCAGCGUGCACUGCGCGUCCUACAGGGGAGCCUCAGCCGCCAAGCCGGAGCCCGCCAGAACCAAGGCCAAGCUCGCCAAGUUCAGCAUCCCCAAGCAAGGAGAGAGGCUCAGGUUUGACACCCGGCUGGAGCACCAAGACCCUGUCAGCCACAUGGCUCAGAAGAAAAUGGAGGAAAAUAAAGAAAGAAAGAAGGAAAGAAAGAGAAAAGAGAGUAGAUCUGGAGAAACCAACAGCUGUGUUGAAGAAAUAAUUCGGGAGAUGACCUGGCUUCCACCACUUUCAGCUAUUCCAGCGCCUGGAAAAGUGGAACCGAGCAAAUUUCCAUUUCCAAAUAAGGACUCUCAGCUCACUUCCUCGGGACACAGUAAUCCAAAGAAAGGUGAUGCUGAGCCAGGGAGUCCAGACAAUGGCACAUCGAAUACAUCCUCUCUGGGAUGGUUAUCCCCAUUUACUGAUAAGGGAAAUGAUGCACUGAGAGGAAUGCUAGAAGAUGAUCUUAAGCUAAGUAGCGAUGAAGAGGAGAAUGAACAGCAGGCAGCCCAGAGAACGGCUCUCCACGCUCUGUCUGACAGUGCCGGCCUCCCGCAGGCCGACUGCAGGGCCUCCGUGCCCUCCAGCAAGGGCAGCAGCAGCGGCAGCAGCAGCAGCGGCAGCAGUUCCUCCAGCGACUCGGAGAGCAGCUCGGGAUCUGACUCAGAGACCGAGAGCAGCUCCAGCGAGAGUGAGGGCAGCAAACCCCCCCACUACUCCAGCCCUGAGGCCGAACCAGCGUCCUCUAACAAGUGGCAGCUGGAUAAAUGGCUAAACAAAGUUAAUCCCCACAAGCCUCCUAUCCUGAUCCACAAUGAAAGCCACGGGCCCGAGAGCAGUCAAUACUACACCCCGGUGAAGGACGAAGCGCCCGACUGCGGGAAGCUUCCCGACAACGUCUGCCCGACCAGCCUGAGAGACAAGGACAUCAAGAGCGCCUGCAAGGAGGAGCAGAGGCCGAGGACCGCGAACAAGGCCCCGGGGAGCAAAGGGGUGAAGCAGAAGUCCCCGCCCGCGGCCGUGGCCGUGGCCGUGACCGUGACCGCCGCCGCCCCGCCGCCCACGGUGGCCGGUGCGCCCGCCGAGAGCGCGCCCGCGCCUGCCCGGAGGUCCGCGGGCAAGAAACCCACGCGGCGCACCGAGAGGACCUCCGCCGGCGACAAUGGCCACCGGCCCGAGGAGCCCGCAGCCGCGGACGCGCUGGGGGCGAGCGCGGGGAUCCCCCCGGAGCCCCCCAAGCCCCGGCCCUGCAGCAACAGUAGGACCAGCCACCGCAAGGAGCUGCGCUCGGCCGUAACCGGCGAGAAGCGCCGCACGCGGGGGCUGAGCCGGAUCGUCCCCAAAUCCAAGGAGUUCAUCGAGACCGAGUCGUCCUCGUCGUCCUCCUCCGCGGACUCGGACCUGGAGUCGGAGCAAGAGGACUACCCUCUGUCCAAGGCCACUGCCGCCUCCGGGAACGACCCGAGGCUGAAGGAGGCUGCCAGCAGCAUCAGCGGUGGCGGCCCGCGGGCCCCUGUGGGCUCUAUCAACGCCAGGACCACCAGCGACAUCGCCAAGGAGCUGGAAGAGCAGUUCUACACACUGGUCCCCUUCGGCCGCAAUGAACUUCUCUCCCCGUUGAAGGACAGUGACGAGGUCAGGUCACUCUGGGUCAAAAUUGACCUGACCCUCCUGUCCAGGAUCCCAGAACACCUGCCCCAGGAGCCGGGGGUCCUGAGCGCUCCCGCGGCCAAGGACACUGAAAGCGCCCCGCCGAGCCACGCAUCCGAUGCGCCCGCAGAAAAGACUUUGCCAAAAUCCAAGAGGAAACGCAAGUGUGACAGCGAAGAUGACUGCCGGGAGAUCAGGAAGGCUCAGGGAGAGAAGGAGAGCUCUUCACGACUCACUGCCUCCGCCGGCAGUACUUUGUCCGCAAACCAUUGCAACGUGAACGUCAACAGCUUGGCAAUCCCAAUAAAUAAAAAUGAAAAAAUGCUCCGCUCACCCACUUCACCCCUCUCCGACGCAUCUAAACACAAAUACCCCGGCGAGGACCUGACGUCCCCCAGCAGAUCCAACAGCAACGGUUUGUUCACCUCCGCCUCGUCCAGCAAAAAGCAUAAGGCUGAGAACCAGCUGCAGACCCAUGGUGGAGACCUCACGAAAGCGGCUCACAGCAAUUCCGAAAACGUUCUCCACAAGUCACGGCCACAGACAGAGCCAUGGUCUCCAGGCUCCAACGGCCACAGGGACUGCAAGAGGCAGAAACUCAUCUUCGAUGACAUGCCACGCAGUGCAGAUUAUUUUAUGCAAGAAGCUAAGCGAAUGAAGCAUAAAGCAGAUGCAAUGGUGGAAAAGUUUGGAAAGGCUCUGAACUAUGCUGAAGCAGCCUUGUCAUUCAUUGAGUGUGGAAAUGCAAUGGAGCAGGGCCCAAUGGAAUCCAAAUCUCCUUAUACAAUGUAUUCAGAAACAGUUGAGCUCAUCAGAUAUGCUAUGAGACUAAAAACCCACUCAGGCCCCAAUGCCACACCAGAGGAUAAACAGCUGGCUGCAUUAUGUUACCGAUGCCUGGCUCUCCUGUACUGGCGGAUGUUUCGACUCAAAAGGGACCACGCUGUAAAGUAUUCAAAAGCACUUAUCGACUAUUUCAAGAAUUCAUCUAAAGCUGCCCAAGCCCCAUCUCCAUGGGGGGCCAGUGGAAAGAGCACUGGCACCCCAUCCCCCAUGUCUCCCAACCCCUCUCCCACCAGCUCCGUGGGAUCUCAGGGGAGCCUCUCCAAUGGGAACGCCCUGUCCCCAUCAACCAUCGUCAGCAUCCCACAGCGUAUCCACCAGAUGGCAGCCAACCACGUCAGCAUCACCAACAGCAUUCUCCACAGCUAUGACUACUGGGAGAUGGCGGACAACCUGGCCAAGGAGAACAGAGAAUUCUUCAAUGACCUGGACCUGCUCAUGGGGCCAGUCACCCUGCACAGCAGCAUGGAGCACCUGGUCCAGUACUCCCAGCAGGGCCUGCACUGGCUGCGGAACAGCACCCACCUGACAUAGGGGCCCUGCCUUCGGGCUGGAGGGCACUCUUGUCUUCACGGACGGCUCAACAUUUCUGGACACUGUGCUCCUGAAGUUCCCAGCCACAGCAUUUCUCAAACGGCGGUGAAUAUUUUCUCAGCAUCGAACAAUGGUCUUUUCUCCCAGGGCAUGUGUGUUUGUAUGUGUGGGUGUAGAAAAGCUGCCUGUGUAAGUGUGUGAGAUACACAGCUCUUUAGAACACGUUUCCUUUGUCUAGUUUCCAUAAUCCCAGGCUAGACAAAGUGAUCAGACGUUUCUGAUUAGAGAAAACACGCUUACACACACACACACACACACACACACACACACACUUUCUAGUUCAAAACUAAACCAUGACUUCUUAGAACAUUCAACGAAAAUCUCAUGGGUUAGUGAACCAGGUGCAAUACAGCACACCAAAAGCUUUUUGACUGCCACUUAAGAUCAUCUUAGUUCUUAUACUUUUGAUUACUUUCAGUAUUAAUAUACUCUCCCCCAGUUAUUAUUUUUUUGACUGUGUGUAUUCAUGGGUAAUUGAAUAAUGAAAAUAAGUCAGUUAUUUUUGUGGACGUUUACUAGAUUGCAUGUUACCAAAUACCCUGCCUUUUGUCUAGUACCUGCCCCCUCCAGCCAACUUUACUGUCAACUAAACGUGUUAGAAAGCAAGUGAAUUGACUCCCACGGGCCUUCCCUGCCCUGCCCCGCAAAAUAGUAUGACCAUGACACUGAGAUUUGGUAAAACUUCAGUGUCUUUGAAAAUUCACCAACAUGAAAGCAGCAGCCACUGCUUUUGGGGGGCUCAGUGAGUAACUGAAAUCUCCUGCACACGCCAGGAGCCCGCCCGGCACAUGUGUUUCUUCUUCCUGCCACUGUGACCCAGGGGCUGUGGAGCCACGUGGUGUCUGUCGGCCGAUAUUUUUCAAGUGUUUUCUUUCCAUGAUAGCUUUCUUACCAGUUUUCUUGGCCAGAUGAGGAUAUUACCUAGGACGUCCAUUCACUCGGGUCUGUAUCUGUUGCUUCUCAGGCCAAAAACUAUUUGCUAUCAUGAGUCUAUCUAAUCCUCUCACUCUUGGAGGAAGUGCCACUGCGGGCCUUGAAUGCAUUUUGAUCUGGGCGAUGUGUUUCAGGCUUUGAUUAGCAAGCUGCUUACUCUACAGAAUAAGUUAUUCCUGCAAGGAUCGCAGUCCUGUCUGGGGUAGCAACGACCAGUCUGGUAUGUUUCCGUCUCGCCCUUGAUCCUUUUCUUUUUUUUUCUUUUAAUUAAGUUUACAUUUUAGUUUUUUUGACAUCUUUGUUUACAGUUUUUGUCUGAAACGUAUUUCUUUUAUUGUCUCUCGUCAUACCCUAGAUUUGGUCUUCUUCUUCUUAAAUAUAUUUGGAUAUAAAAAUAUUGGUUAAAAAAAAAAAGAAAAACUCCUGGAAAAGAGGAUA